UUUUAUAUUGUGGCCCUCUUAUUCCAUUUAAAAUCCUCCUUGUGUUAUGAUAAUUGGAUUAACAUCGAAUUAAGCCAUACCGUUGAUUUGGAAAAUCUGAACGUUUUUAGCUAUAGAGGAAAUGUUACUAUUGCAAAUUGGGAUAUUGGGUUAGCUAAAAUCUCUCAGGAACCUCUCACUGAUCAUCAACGAUCGAACCUUAGGGGUUUAGCAGAAAAACACCGCUUGUACAGACUAAAAGCAGAGGUCGCCUAUGCUAACGGAAAACGAAAAAUCUUCUUAAGUGCGUCGAGAGCAUGCAAUCUUAUUGGAGCCAAUUUAAACGAUGCGCUGUCUGUUUUUGUGGACAACAGUGGCUAUGUGAAUGCUGUUACGCUAUUAACAAUCGCUUCCGAUAAUUG